UCUUAGCUGCAAAUAACAUUCAAAUUCUUUUCAGGCUUUUGCUUAAGAAAAUGGCAGCUCCAGGGAAGAAAACUAGGGGAAGGCAAAAGAUCGAGAUGAAGAAGAUCGAAAAUGAGGAUGACAAGCUGAUUACUUUCUCCAAACGUAGAACUGGGAUAUACAAAAAGGCUAGUGAGUUAGUCACUCUCUGCGGUGCUGAAAUUGGUUUCGUGGUAUUUUCUCCCGCAGGAAAACCAUUUUCGUUCGGACAUCCUUCUAUUGAAUCGAUUGUGAACAAGUAUCUCAAUGAAAACCCGCCACCAAAUGAUAACACACAUCCGCUUGUUGAGGCUCACCGGAAGAUGAAGAUCAACCAGCUGACCCAUCAGUAUAAUGAGAUAGAGGUGCAGUUGGAUUCGGAAAUGGAGCGAGGGAAGAUGCUGGACAAGAUGAAUGCUGGGAGAAGGAAGGGAUGGUGGGAAAAGCCAAUGGAUCAAAUGAACCUGGAGGAGCUGAAGCAGUUUGGGAAGUCUCUGGAGAAUCUCCGCGACAGAGUCGCCAGAAAAUUUAAUGAGAAGCUGGUGGUUGCUGCUGCUGCUGCUCCCCGUCCUCCUCCCCAGGCAAUGAUGGAUCCUACUCAGAUGAUGAAUUAUCCAUAUGGAACCAAUAUAGGAAAUGAUAUUGCUGGCCCCUCCUACUAUGUUCCAGGGCCCCCAAGCUAUGGCUUUCCUCGCGAGAGACAAUUCUGAACGAUUGUAUGAUCUCUUUUUUGAGAAUCAAUAUGGAUGAAUAAAGUUAUUUACCUUUCCUAUGCAUUUCUAAGGUUUGGAAAAUUGGAAUAAAUGGGGGUUGCUCCCCCAAAACCGAAAUAAUCAUGUGUCCUACAUGGUUAGUCUGGCUAUUGUAACCUUGUCAGGUCUUUCGCUAGCUAGUAUUGUGAUUUGCUGGUUCAUGUUGUUUGCAAUGAAAUUAAUCUUUUAUC